CCCAUUACUCACCCUGUUGCUUGCCUAUCACUCUCGCACGUACAUCCUACGGCUCACCUUCCUGUCUUUCAAUUGUUCAAUUUCUUACCGCAUCUGAGUAGCAGCGAUCUUUUCUCUCUUGUAUAGUAUUUCACUCUAGAACUUUCCUUAGACCCUUAGCGGGGCUAUACCAUAACUCCGCUCUCACUUGAAUCCCCUCAUACGCAAACACUGCCAGCGGUCUCGAUACCCAGUCCCGUCCUAAGACUACCUCCGACCCAAGUUUGGACCUACAUCAUCUGUGCAAGAGCUAGACCUAGCUAUCUCCAAGAAACUUGACCCAUUAGAAGUCGAAGCGUUGCCCCCGCCGAACAUACUGAGGCCUGAAGGCCUUCUGUGAGAGGAUGCACAAAACUUUCACAGGGUCUUCCCGCCGACAAAGGCAGGUAAAUCUGUCGGGCCGGUCACCAAAUGCGAAUCCCUUUGGCUCCCGCGUAGGUCCACAAGCAACGGCAGCGAAGUUGCAAGAAGAGCGCGCGGAGAGGCAGUACCAACAAGCUCUGGAAAGCGGCACGAGAAGAGCACAACGGAUAUGGCGUGGCCACAUGUCUAGAUCUGAAGCUGCACAGCAGAUGCGACAAGAGUUUAUGGAUCAAGAACUAGGCACUCAAAAGAAGAUCACGAAGACAGUACUCGCAUAUGAAAGCCAAGAUGAGGCUCUACUACAACUGAGGAGGCUGUUGUUCUUCUUUGAGCCUUCCAGUCAUGCUGAUCAGGCCUUGAUAAUAUCCUUCUGCCACCGCUUUGAUGUCACCGUCAGGUACCACAUGUUGGACACCCCAACACGAUACACCCAUGCUCUUCUGCGGCUCCAAAACAAGAUUCUCGCUGCCAUAAAUCAUAGAUGUACCCAAACCCAAUCUGUGCAACCCGAAGCAAUACCACAAGACAGUCAUACAGUCGCUGAGCUUCUUGGCGCCCUCUCAGAAGUAUCAAACCAGAUUCCUGGGGCGUCUGCAAAUAACGGGGCCAGUUACUUCGAAUCGAUUUCGCUUGUGAUCGAUCACUUGAAAGCAUCUGUUUGUCUCCCCACAUCUGGCAAUAGUAGGCAGGAAGAGCUAGCCAACAAAAUUUUGGAUGCCGUGAAACUUCCUCUACGCUUGAACUCAGGUGCCAAGCUCUCCGAAGCAUACAAAUGGCUUUCAAACAGACUAUUUAUACAUCGUGGGCUUACAGACAGCUUAGACGCAUCUAAAAUCAGGGUAAUAUCAGAUUCUAAGACAACAUCAACAUUUUCUGGCUGGUUCAGCACAUUCGAAGACUUCGUGGCCCGACUCGCAGACUCUCUCGACUACGGGCAGCUUGUCGUAGCCAUAAGAAGUGGUCAAAGGGCCGAUGCAACGAGCGCAAGUACUGUUGGGCCCUCGGAGAUUGAUAGCAUCAAGGAUGCAAACUACAGAUUGCUAGGAAUGUUCAUCUAUGUGAAAAGCCGAUCACGAAGAGCUUCGGAAGGCACAGGCAAUGACGACCUCGGAGACUACUCAACUGAUAGUAACUUUAUAGACGUGGUAACACGCCUUCUUCCAUCCAUCCCAGAUCUCUCCCUCAUGGUAGACCCACGAUCGUCGAAAUACGCACAGAAUACACAGUUCUUAUUCGAUCAAGUUCAUAAACUGGUGGACGAGACCAGUCUGCGGAACCUGACUUCGAAUGCUCAGGAGACUGUCAAGUUUCAGCGGCCGUCGGUCGCGAGAGCCACAUUGUAUGCAAACUUUGCUUUGACUCUGGUCAGAAACUUCCCCUCAGAAGCCGAUCAGAUGCGGAUGUGGCUGUUUCUUGGUCCCUCUCAGACAUCACACGGGUCAAGCGCAGGACAAUCCGCUAUACAAUUUUUCUGGAAUGCCGCUAAACAUACCGAGACCUUUGCGCAGGUCCGGAAUGACAGACAGUCGAUCAAAUACAUUGUACUUGAUGCCAAGUUUUUUGGCGAGUUUCACCAGAUUCCGCCCACUGCUGAGAGUGAUUGGCGGGUGAUUUUGAUGUUUCUGGAGCUCUACACGUUCGUGUUGAAGGUGAUGAAUGACGAUGAAUUCUUUUCUACUGCAGAUUCGAAUACCGGUGAAGAUGUACUUGGUCUGUCUCAUACACGGGCCAGUGCUCUGCCUUUGGUCGAUGUGCAAGAUCUCGUGACAUUUUUGAAGAACCUCGGACUGUCGCUCUAUCUAGACGCCACGAGGCUAGACUCGAAUUCUGGUCGUCCAUCCGGGCCUAGGUCAAUUGCGGAUCUGUUCAAGAUGCCACAAGAUAUUUCUGCUGCUGAUGAAUCGUCGCUGAUAGGUCCAAGUGGUCCGACUGGGGCAAGCUUAACAUACAUGACUACCCUCGUUACGGGCUUGCUACGCAUGAUAUACGAGCGCGACUCGCGGAGAGCGUUUCUCCCCAAGGAUCACUGGUUGAUGAACGAUCGAUUUAACGGGAUAUUCACUACGGAUGAAUUGUUCAAAUCGCUCAUCCAAAUGGAAGUGGAAAAUGCGACCAAGGAUGAAGCCAAUGGAGGCGACACAGAAAUGGAAGAUCGUCCCGCAUCUCCAUCUCAGGAAAGCGGGAGUCCCAAUCGUAUCAUUGGAACCGGGCGGGCUCAACGCCUCGCGCAGCAGGACUCGCUUCGGAGACAGCAGAAUCGUGCGUUCAGCGAACGGCAGCGGCUGUUCCUGAGGCCGCGCUUCGACGUCAUGGAGAAUAUGCCAUACACGAUACCUUUCAUGAAGCGUGUGCACCUUUUCCGGGAAUUCGUCAAGACAGAUAAGGUGCUCCGCAGAUUUGGACAUGAAGAGGCAGAAUAUUGGCGCCAUGCUGUUCAUUCUCAUGCAAAUGGCGCAAGCCUACUUGAGCGACAAAGGGCGAGUAUCAGGCGCGGGCACGAAAUGAAGGAUGCUUUUGAGCAAUUUUACCAGAUCGGUGAUUCGCUAAAAGAGCCUAUUCAGAUCGUCUUCCUUGACAGUUUUGGUACAGUUGAAGCUGGUAUCGACGGUGGCGGAGUCACUAAAGAGUUCCUCACGUCUUUGGCCACCCAGAUUGAAAAGUACGAGUCCUUGGAUAUGUUUGUUGAGAAUGAGCAGAACCUGAUCUACCCGAACCCCUCUGCUAUCGAUGAUAUCAAGGAGACAUACCCAUACGAGCCGAGGCAGGUGGAUGAAACGUUAAAGAAGUUUGAAUUUGUUGGCAGAGUUAUAGGGAAAUGCCUCUACGAGGAAAUCCUUGUCGACUUGAACUUUGCACCAUUCUUCCUUCAAAAGUGGUCUCUCUGCGACGAGACGGGUGCUCCACUGAAAGAAUCCGGCUUUCGUGCCACCCUCGACGACCUCCGCUAUUACGAUGAAGACCUCUACCGGGGUCUCCUGAGCCUCAAGAACUACGGCGGCGAUGUUGAGUCCGACUAUAAUAUUGACUUCACGACGAUUGACACUGCAAAGAACUUAGAUACUGGAGAGGUGCGCAACAUCAGCCGGCCCCUUCGGCCCGAUGGCGCAAAUGUCAAAGUUACAUCGGAAAACCGUCUUUUCUACGUCUUCGCCACAGCUCGUCACCGCCUUGUCCUCCAGCCCAGUCGGCAGACGAACGCUUUCCUCCGCGGGCUGUCGAGCAUGAUCAAGCCUCAAUGGCUGCGCAUGUUCAACCAGAACGAAGUUCAGACUCUACUUUCGGGCACCACUGCCCCACUCGACCUCAACGACCUGCGAAGGAAUAUAUCCUACUCUGGUGUCUAUCAGAUCGGCACCGAUGGGCUUGAACACCCAACCAUUCAACAUUUCUGGCGCGUCAUGGAAAGCUUAGACGAGCAGGACAAGCGUGCGGUGAUCAAGUUCGUCACCAGCACACCACGAGCUCCGCUGUUGGGCUUCGGGCAAUUGAACCCUCCGUUCACGAUCAGAGACAGUGGCCGGGACGAGGUGAGACUGCCGACGUCGAGCACGUGCGUCAAUCUACUGAAGCUGCCGAUGUACUCGAGCUUCGAGGUGUUGAGGGAAAAGCUGCUGUACGCAGUCAGUGCGGGAGCCGGGUUCGAUCUUUCAUGAAUGGAAUUCACUAUCCAUCGCCCGGGGAAUCAUAAUGUAUGAGACAAUCAAUGAGCAACGCGUAGAUGUGGUUGGUGAUCCGCUCGAGAUAUUCAUGACGUGUCUGUCUCCCUGGACUGCGGACAUGUUAGGUCAAUGUGCCAAUCGCGGCUGAUAGACUUCAGAUACAAAAUCUGUAUAGAAAAACGAAGUAAUGCUUCCAUGCAACCGCGUCGCAGACGAACUGCAGGAUCAAAACACCAAAGUACUUGAAUGGCCGUGCUGAUACUCUUACGACCUGUGGUGUAGAUCACUUGGCUAACACGUUACAGUGUGUAGAGAACGGGUAAGGGGACCUUGAAUUGCUAGGUGAUAUCAAUCGAAAACGCACAGAGCAGAGCAAGAAGGUACUUUACUGCUCAUAGUGAGGUUAUAUAUACGU